AUGGAGGAUUUAUCUACUUCAGUUGAUAUUCAAUGGAUGAUUGGGGGUGAUUUUAAUGCAAUAACUUUAGAAGAUGAGAAAUUUGGAGGCCUUUCAGUAACUAUCAAUGAAAUUCAGGAUUUCAGAGGUUGCAUCAAGAACUGUGGAAUAUCAGAUUUAGGGUUUAGUGGCAGCAAAUUUACUUGGUGGAAUGGACUAAAUGGUGAUGAUUGUAUUUUUAAGAGAUUGGAUAGAUGUUUAGGUAAUCAGCUAUUACAAGCAAAGUACUUUAGUAUGGGUUUUAUAGAGGUGAUUAGACAAAAUUGGACAACUAAUUUUCUGGCAAACCCAUUCAUACUUUUUCAUCAUAAACUGAAAAAAAUGAAAGCAGCUUUGGCACAAUGGAGUAAAGCAAUUUUUGGGAAUAUAUUUCAAGAAAUUGAAGUUCUUGAAGAGAUUAUUAAGGAUGGGGAUAGAAAUACAAAAUUUUUUCAUGCUCAUGUCCAGGGGAGAAGGAAAAGGAUGCAGAUAAGAAGAAUUCAAGGAGAAGAUAAGAACUGGAUAAAAGAAGAAGGGAAAAUAAUUGCUGAAGCCAUCAGAUUUUACACUGCUCAGCUUAUAAAAGAAGAAGAUCCAAAAGAUUUUGAAAUUCUAAAUCAUUUACCCUAA